ACUCAUAGGCACUAUACAGGGGACCGUUAGCCUAGGGCAUGAUUUCUCCUCUCUUCUUAUUCAUCGUUCACUAUAUAACGCCGCGGAGACGCUGAUCCUGGUUCAUUGCGCCGACAUCUGGAUUUUCUUCAGCAUCGUUUAUCAGCAUUAUAAGAAAAAUGAAAUUAGUGUUCCUCUUAUUGGUCGUAAUUGGCCUAGCUGCUGGCCAAGUUCCAGGUUUCGGAGGAUGUCCCGAAUUUGAUUCUCAACCUGAUUUCGAUAUGAAUAAAUUCUUAGGUACGUGGUAUGAAGCUGAACGAUAUGUGAAUAUUUUUGAAGCAGGAACCAGAUGUGUUAAAACAAAUUACACCAAAGCUGUCGAUGGCAGAUAUUUAGUAGCUAAUGAAAUCAUGAACAGAUUUACAAGUAUCAAGCGAGUCUUGGAAGGAGAAAUUAGAUUAGUUGUUAAAGGAUCAGAAUCAAAAAUGAACGUUAAAUACCCCAAUUUACCGAUUCCUUACGAAUCGCAAUUGAUGGUUUUGGAUACCGAUUACGACUCUUACGCAGUCAUGUGGUCCUGUUCAUCCCUCGGAAUCAUCAACACACAAAACGCUUGGAUCUUGACGAGAGAUAAGCUCGCCCCAGGCACUGUUUUACAAAAAGCCUACGGUGUCCUCGAUAAAUUCAAGCUGAGCCGUACGUUCUUCGUUAAAACCGAUCAGAAUAGCUGCGAAAUCGCCGAAGCUGCUGAUAAUUCCGCUGACAACCAAGCUGGCCACAAUGCUACUCCAAAUGGUAACAAAAAACCACAGAAGCAAAAAGUUGGCCAAAAGAAAGGCGAUCAACAAACCACCGGACGCGAAGAAGUCGUUCAAGAAGACCACGUUGACUCUCACAAAAGCGAAGUACCCGUCGUAGCAAAUGUCGCUGACCAUAAAGUAGUCGCCGAUGAAAAAGUUGUCGAUCACAAAGUCGUCUCUGAACACAAAGUUGUCCCUGCCCCCGUAGUAGUACCUGUUGAUCAAAAAGUAGCUGACCAUAAGGUCGAACCGGUGCCUGUUUCUGUGUAGGUUGAAAAAACAUGGCUUUUAGAUUAUAAGUUGACGAAUGUCAUAAUUCUUCCUCUGGCUUUAAAUUUACAUUGUUACAUUAAUCGUCAUUAUUCAUAGGCACUUCUAUGUUCCGUGUAUUUCGUUACCGCAUUUUAAUAUGCAUUUUUUUUUGUUUUGAAAAAUUGAUACGUCGAUUAACCUAAUCGAUUUGAAUAUUGUCUGAAUAUCAAAAUUUUACUUUUUUUAAUCGAUUAAUGUAACAAUUUGAUCUUUAUUGUGUAGGUAAUCAAAUUUUGAAAAACUUUCAUAAAUCCUUUUUAAAUUAAUUUUUCAAUUUGUAUGUACUUAGACGUAAGUAAUUUAUUGUGUGCUACAUUUUUUUAAAUCAAAUUUUUUUAUUUAUUGUAUUUUGAUUAAAAAUUUCUCAGAAUA